GAAAUCAAUAUGUGCGAGAUGGAGCCACCACAAGAACGAGUUUUACGGCCUAGACGCCAGGUCAACGCUGGGCCAAUUUUCCACAUAGGCGAGCUCUCAAAAGGUGCUCCUGACAUACUCGUGCCGAGCUGCAAACGCUACACGUUUCCCUCUCAACUGCAACUAGUGACCACGUCAAAAGCCAACAUGAGAACUAGCUUUUUCGAAAAUCCGGGCCAUACGUAUGCCUACACUGUGUCGAAAUUCCUUCGCAUGCUCUGUAGUCGCAGAAGGUGCCGCUGACAGAAGUCUGCAUAUCUGCAAAGUCUCCAUAGAAGUCUGCAUAUCUGCAAAGUCUUCACGGUGCCUUCUCGACACCAACCACCGACUGCGUCCAAAAGCAACCUUCACGAUUUUCAUGGCCAUUUUGCUGCAUAAGAUAGCUAAGACAGUAAUUUCACCCCUUAUCACUUACCCAAAAUGGUUUUCACAAGUUCCUCAGAUAUGUGAUGUGGAAUUGUGGCCCGAGAACAUUGGAGAGCCAAAGUACUUCACAUCAUCCUAUUACAUUACAUUAUUCGAAGUUGAAAAGAUUUGUUGGAAAUCCUUGUCAUUCUAACGGAUGUUCCACUGUCCAAGACGAGUAAAUAAGCAUGUGUUCAUUUUCGUCAAGGCUGUAAAAUCCUGGUGCUGAACAAAGAAACUGGAAGGCGUAAUAGCAAGUUUCACGUCGCUGAUUGCUUAUGUGCUUCUCAACUUCAGGCUUCAUCGGCAUCAACAUCAACUGUGGUGGUGAGGUUGACACGAACCCAGACACAAAUGUGCAGUUGAAGUGGUUCAACUGGCUGAACAAGGUGUCACGAUCAACGCUACUUUGAAACCUCAAUCCAACAGUUGUUCCCGGGAAUAAUGCGGAAGAGCUGAAUACUGCUCUUGCUUUCAACCUGGGUAAUCCUGACCGCAAGGCUCGAAUCGAAAUUCUGUUACAAAUUGCCCGUGGGUUUCAAUGUAACACAUGAAACAAGACUAUGGCCGAAGGCAAACGUUUCGAUGCUCCUGGAUUUCAGCUGCUGUUGGCGGGAUUUCAAAUGCACAACAUCUUCUCGACGAGCCUAGAAACUUAAGAGACUAAAUUGGGAGCAACACCUCCACAAACUCACCAUCUUCGCUCGCUGCAGUCUCCGACGACAAUCAUCUUGUAAGCGAAAAUCCUUUCUUACAUUCUGACCUGGCUCAGAUCUUGCCUGCUCCAAACUCAAGUAGCUUGGAUUGCUUCAACAGAUGAUCACUUCCGAACUGUUUGCGUCGAUACCCGCAUUCCAAAGAUCAACAUGAAGUACGUUGGACUCAUGGAGAUGGAGAAAAGUGCUCUAAACAUCAAUGGUUGUGAUCUCAAAGGCUUGGAGAUGAUCAUUGGUGCCACAAUGAUAGAAAGGGGAUGAUUCUAGUCUUCAUCAAAAGAGAAAUAUCCCUUUCCGACAGGCGUGUAUACCCCGUUCCAUGGUCGUCACCACGUGGUGUCCGAAGCUGAACUCUCUUUUGAUGCUCUAACCACGUUCACGAUCUGUUGGGUUCUCUUAGACAGUAUCUGCAGGUGAUCCCAAUAUGACCAUUUUCGAAUUUUGUUUUCAUGCAUGAUUAUGCGGCUGAACUCCAUUCCAGGGUUGCGAACAUCAACUGUCAUCAAAAGAUAUGUUGUACGUGUGGACCUAGUUAGAGAAUGACGGUGUCAAAAUAGAGUACUUCCAUUGGCGUGGGCGUAGUACGCGGAGCAUAGCAGAUAACUGAUCUGUGUAAUAACGCUGCAUAUUUCUGCACAUGCUGGAGCCUUGAUAUCUGGCGACUAAUAGUUGGGAAAGUCUUGUCUCAAUUAUCUCUGCGACUGAGAUCGGGGAGCAGAAGCACAAUGUGUUGGGCUGGAAUUCUUUCUGGGGUCUUACUCUCGAACCUUAUCCUCUCUCCGGUCCUCUCGCAGUCUACUGGGACUUCUCCAGAAGGCGUGAAAGUUUCUGGCCGUUUCACCAAGUUUGAUGCACUUACCAAGUUCACAAUCUGUUGGGAUAUCUUAGACACGGCCUGCACGCAUCUGUAGUCAUGCAUGAACAUCCGCCUUAUUCUUCUUCUUAGCUACAUACCAGCUUCACGAACAUCAAUAUUCAAAUCAAUUGAGAUAUUGUAUAUGGACCUCGUCAUAUUAAGUAUGCUUAUUGCUGUGGGCACAGUAUGUGGAGCCCUCAUAUCACUGAGCUGUCUGAUUACGCUGCAGACAUCUGCCCAAGCUGGAGCCGUGAUAUCUGGCAACUAAUGGCGGGCAGUGUUUUGUGUCAAUUUUCUCUGAAAAUUUUGAAAAUGAAUGAAAAUGAAAAUUUUCCAAUGAAAUUGGCGAGCAGAAGCAGAAGAUUCUUAGCUCGAAUUCUUUCUGGGGUCUUAUUAUAUAACCUGAUUCUUUCUCCGGUCGUCUCCCAGUCUACCGAGGGCUCUACACAAGGAUUCAUAAGCAUCAGCUGUGGCGGCUUGAGUGGAGUAGACCCUAUCACCUCACUCCAGUGGAUCACUGAUGAGACUCAUCUGCAGUCAUUCGAAAGUCUUUCUCAAGAGAAGGUGAUCAUCACCGCCGACGUUUAUUACAACGAGAGCUCACCUAGCGUGCCGAAUGACGCACAGCUGAAAACUGCUCUGGUGUUUCUUCCCAUCCAAAAUUUGACACGCUCGAAGUUUUGCUACAACUUGCCAAAUGCAUUUAACGCAACUGAAGGAUCACGAAAUUAUCUUCUUCGAGCAAUGUUUCCCAGCCAAAAUUUGACUCUGAAUGGAAAUGCAUUAUCGGGAAUUGCCACUCGGUUCUACUUUACUGUCGACUCCACCUACAUCACCACAAUCGAGCUACUGCCAUCGAUGCCUCAGACAAUCGAGCUGGUCGUCUCUUCAUUAGAUGACAAAUUUUACGUUUGUCUCGUGCCCUUGGAAGACAAGAAGUCCUCCAUGCCAGCUAUCUCAACUCUGGAGUUGCGUCCGUUCAAUCCAGAUACCUAUGGCAGAACUGGUCAGUCGACAGACAAGCAACAUGAGAUAGCUCGACUGAGCUAUCUCAUGCUGGUUGAUCGUUUGGACUUCGGAGGGAUACUUGACAAUGAGUCGCCUCCUCUCAGGUAUCCCGCAGACCCUUUCGAUCGUAUAUGGUCAUCCCCACGAAUUCCCGAAGGAGCGGAGUUUGAUUCUUACAACAGUACCGAAGAUGCAAACCUUGACUAUGGCGGGGACAAUGUUCGCUUCCCUAUUGCAGUUAUGAGAUCGAUAUGGAGGGGAAAAAAACUUUCAUCCAUCAUUAACUUUGAUGUUGAUGUGAAGAGCGCUAGAGCCGUCCGUCCACUACCAACAUUGUGGAUACAGAUGUUAUUUUCAAACGUAGUUCAUGGAGAUGCGAAUCCUGAUCAGACCGCCGUUCUAAUCGACGGUGAUCAAAGUUGGUUCUGGAAGUUGUUUAAGGUACCCGGUUCUCCCGGAUUUUUUCAGUUAUUGAGCAACGACCAGGUCAUCCGUAGCGAUUGGUUUACAUUGAGAAUUGGACCAAAUGGAACCACAGAAGCACCUGUUCUGUUAAAUGCAGCCGAGAUUCAUGGUGAGUUUGCAGCGGUGUCAGUGAGAACUUCAAAACUUGAUGUGGAUGCAGUCAGGAAGGUUUAUACCGAGACCGCAUUAAGUUCUGUAGACACAGCUGGCGAUCCGUGCUUGCCAGUUCCUUGGGACUGGCUAGUUUGUAGUAUCGAAUUGCCCCCUACAAUAACCCAAAUAAAUCUUACUGGCGAAGGAGUGAGCGGUGUAUUGCCUAAUGAACUUGGGAAUUUGAGUCAAUUGACGAUUUUGGAUCUGUCUGAAAACAAUUACAGCGACUCUUUCCCUGAUUCUCUCGGAAGAAUCCGCACUCUCAGAGAACUGAACUUAAGACACAACAAGCUGUCUGGAGAACUUCCAUUAUUCAGUCCAAAAUCACUUGACAAUCUGGAAAUGCUAUCACUGUCGAGCAAUAUGUUCAAUGGAACACUGAUUUCAUUAAUGGGAGCAUUGGACGAAUCGAUUCAAAAUUUAGACCUCAGCAAUAACAAAUUCGUCGGACCCGUACCUGGGAAUAUAGAAAUGCUAAAAAACUUGGAGAAUUUGGAUAUGUCCAACAACCAAUUGUCGAGCGAGUUAGCAGUCAACUUCACUAAGCUCAGGAACUUGAAAAAUCUGAACUUGAGCCUUAAUAAUCUGAACGGUACAGUGCCUGACAGCAUCUGGAACAGUAGCAAUCUUCAAUUUGUGAAUUUGAGAAACAACAGCUUUGUGGAAUUGAAUCUUACAACAUGGUAUAACAAAGUUGCCGAAAACAAGAGUCUCGAUGCUCGUCCAAUUCAACUGCGUUUGGCUGGAAAUCAAAUACACAGCAUUAUCUCGCCGAGCCUUCAAACUUUAGAGAGUUUAAUAGUAGCGCCACCUUCACUAUCUAAGCAGCUGCUCUCGAUACAGUCUUCCCAAACUUUUAUCUUGCUUGGAGAUAAUCCGUGGUGCCUCAAUGAUACUGAGGGAGUGAAUUUAAAGUUCAUCAAAAAAUACAUGUGCCGAUCUGACGAGCAUGAGAACUUCUGGCCGUCCCCAUCAAAAGAUGGUGUUCAAACAGGAGUAGUAAUUGCCGUGGGCGUGGUAUCCGGAAUAUUCGUGUUACUUAUGAGUUGCUUAGUCAUAUUCUUCACGUGGAAAAUGCGAAGAAGCAGUCGCGAACUUCAACAGUUAAAAGAAGAUUUAGCAAAAGACAACGUGAAGUCACCGUUUUUCAGCUACCAAGAACUCAAAACGGCGACAAACAAUUUCUCUAGUUCCAACGAGUUAGGAAAAGGUGGAUUUGGCACUGUUUUCAAGGCUGUCCUAGCAGAUGGGAGUGUUGUUGCUGUGAAGAGACUCACUCCGACAAAGCAGAGUCCGUCGGACUUCUUGAAAGAAAUGGUAAAUAUCAUGGGUAUCAAACAUAAACAUCUGAUUCAACUCAAGGGAUGUUGUGUAAAGGAGAAUCAGGAACGAAUGCUGAUUUACGAAUACGCGGAGAACAAGAGCCUCGCAGAAGCACUGUUUGAUUCAGGUCCUCAAUGUGUGACUUUCUUGAACUGGAAACAACGUUACAACAUAUGCUUGGGAAUAGCCCGUGGACUUGCGUACUUACAUGAAGGACUGCAGCCGGGUAUGAUUCACAGAGACAUAAAGCCGGAAAAUAUUCUUCUGGACAAGAAUUACAACGCAAAGAUUGCCGACUUUGGACUCGUCCGGCCCGCUAAUGAUUCAAAUGACACUCAAUUCACCAUGAACAUUGGAGGAACGAGGGGCUACUUUUCACCAGAGUAUGCACUAGAAGGCGUCGUAUCCGAGAAACUGGAUGUGUAUAGCUUUGGUGUUGUCUUGCUGGAAAUUGUUGCUGGAAGAAGGUGCAUCGAUCUGACGUUGCCACAAGAACAAAGUAUUCUACGGUCCUGGGCUAUAACUUUGUACACGGAAGGCAAGGUUUUGAACUUGGUCGAUAAAAGAUUGGAGGGCGAUUAUGACGAAGAAGAAGUCCUGCUCGUGGUGAACAUGGCUCUGUCUUGUCUGCAAGCAGAUCCCAAGAAACGCGCAACGAUGUCUCAACUGGUGAACGAGCUCUUGAAGAACGCAAAUGCAAGUGUAGCUGUGGACAUCGUCAACGAGCUAAAAUCCCAGACAGUAUACUUGUGUAGCAUACCAGAGGAUGAACACUACGUGGAUACCUAUGCUGGUAGCCAAGGCGUUCAAGGAGAAUCAGUCGAACUUGCUUUGCUGUCAUCAUUUGCCAUCGAUUCACAAGUCUCGGAUAUGGUGCCUAGAUAGUGCGACCAUGAGCUCAUAAAGUAUCUCAAGUUCCUAGAUUACGGCGUCUGUACCCUAUGUUCUCCCGCAGAUAUCUCAGUUGACAUUACCUUUGCAUGUGCCCUUGAGCCACUGUUAGGGAGAUCAGUGUUACCUUGAAUAAGAGUCCAUUUAUUUUAUGCUUCGUCUAAUCUCAAGCAACUACAUUCCAAUCGUGGGUUAUACAAGGGUCACAUAUUUUUAUACUCUAUGUAGUUUCAAGCAUCUGCAUUAGUUAUUCGUUAAACUUGCUAGUUAGUUGCUAGUUGCUAGCUAUCUACUACUUGUUAAUAUAGAUUCUGGAUUGAAUAUUGCCUCAUACAGAAACCAAAACGAUGUAUGAGAGAGAAAUAUAAAUCUUAAGAUGAUAGUUUAAAAAUC